CCCCUAUAAAUUUGGCUGUUUCAAAACCACGAAUUUUUUUUGUUGUUUUGCAAAAACUUGGUUUAUUUAUGGUUACUCCCAGUCAAUUUUGAAGCUUCAUUUAUUUAAUGUUUUAUCCUCUGGUCCUUUACUGAUCAGAUUUAGGCUGAUGUACUCUUGUGCUACCAAUUUAAGUGAUUGGGUAAGAGGUUGUGAGCUCACUGUGUCUGACUCAGGCUUAUCUGCCAAAGGCUAAGCUAUGUACCGCAAAGUCUCCUUCAUACAUGCAGGACUCAGGGCUCCUGGCCAUCUGUCCAACCUUGGAAUUAUCAGAUAAACAACAACCAUACUUGCGCUCACAGUGGAGAAGCAAUUGUAAAAAAAAAAGGCUUUUGUAUUUCAUUAAGGUGACAGCACAUUUUGUGAGAGUUUCAGUAUUUUCUUAUACUUUCACGAGUUGAAAGAGCAGAAUGACUACAUCAGACUGCAAAGUGGCUGAAGGGGGGCUGAGCGUCACUCUGACUAUUCGCCUGCUUAUGCAUGGAAAGGAAGUCGGAAGCAUCAUUGGAAAGAAAGGAGAGACGGUGAAAAAGAUGAGGGAGGAGACUAGUGCAAGAAUCAACAUUUCAGAGGGAUCUUGUCCAGAGCGCAUUGUAACAAUAACAGGCCCAACAGAUACCAUUUUCAAGGCCUUUUCGAUGAUAGCAAACAAAUUUGAAGAGGAUGUAAAUGCUUCAAUGACAAGUAGUCCAGUGGCCAGCAAACCACCUGUGACAUUACGCCUGGUUGUUCCAGCAAGCCAAUGUGGCUCUCUCAUAGGCAAAGGUGGUUCAAAGAUCAAAGAAAUACGUGAGACCACAGGUGCCCAGGUGCAGGUAGCAGGUGAUAUGCUUCCAAACUCCACAGAGCGGACAGUUACUAUUUCUGGCACUCCAGAUGCGAUCGUUCAAUGUGUAAAACAGAUCUGUGUGGUGAUGCUUGAGUCCCCACCCAAAGGUGCCACCAUUCCCUAUCGCCCAAAGCCUGCCUCUGCACCCGUCAUAUUUGCAGGUGGCCAGGUAAGAGCAGACAACAUUUUGACUUCUGCGGGAAACCACAGCAUCUUGGCCCACCAUCAGCCACCACCUGCAUACACAGUUCAGGGACAGUAUGCAAUUCCUCAUCCAGACUUGACCAAGCUUCACCAGUUGGCUAUGCAGCAUACCCCUUUUACUCCCCUUGGGCAGACCACCCCUGGUUUCCCUGGACUGGAUGCUACAGCUCAGAGCAGUUCCCACGAGCUUACUGUUCCAAAUGAUUUAAUAGGAUGUAUUAUUGGCAGACAAGGGAGCAAAAUAAAUGAAAUUAGACAGAUGUCAGGAGCACAAAUCAAAAUUGCAAAUGCAACAGAAGGUUCCACAGAGCGACAGAUCACCAUCACAGGAUCUCCUGCCAAUAUUAGCCUGGCACAGUACCUUAUAAAUGCAAGCUUAGAGAUGGCUAAAGUCAGCACCCAGACUGCCUCCGUCACCAACCCUGUUGACCUGAACGUGAACCUCUCUCAGUCUGCUAACCCCUCCUCCACCCCCACCUCUGUGGCUGUUUUGACAGCGACAGCAGCUGCUUCUGUGAACACCCCUUCCCCUUUACCAACACCCAACUAUGCUGUACCUGUCUCCAAUCUGCUUGGCAUGAGAACUGUUCCACUCUUGGCACUUAAUGCCGUUGCUGCUGCAGGGACCACAGAUGUGUCUGCUUAUACUCCCAAAAUUCCAUCGACGAAAUCUGAUCGGCAGAAGUUUGCUCCAUAUUGAAGGGACGUGAAUUUAGUUUUUCCUGUCUCUACCAAGAUUGUGUGGUAGAAGAUAAAUGCUAAGGAAACAUUUUAAACUUUAUUCAGUUGUAAUGUAACUAUUAACUCAUAAAAUUGUCUUCCUCCUUCCACUAUUUUUAUUUAACAAGUGAUGCAACUAGUUCCAACAGCUUACUGACCUAUUUUGUAAGAGAAAGAAUUUAUUUUCCAACAAUUUGGGGUAAAAUGGCCAAAAACAUUAAUUGAAAAAGGUAUAUUCUAUGCCAUGAGCUACUUCUACAGUAGAUACCAAUUAUUGGAACCAUGUAAGGAACAUUUCAAAAAUGGGAUUUGCAAAGGUGAAUUAUCAUAAAAUGUGAAGAUACUUGGAAGAAGUCAAGGAAAAUUAAAAUAACUGUAAUAAUAGGUAAACUUCCUUGUGGUGGAAAACUGUGUGGCAGUAUGGGUUGGUGAAUUGAGCAGGGAGAAAUGGACAAUAAUCCAUCGGCCUGAUUAAUCUUCCACUAGUGUAAAUGGAAGAACAAAUGGUAUGGUGUGUAAUACCCCCUCUUUCUGUUGUUUUUUUUAUCUUUACUCAUCUGAUUUUAUAUCUCCAAGCUGUAAAGAUGAACAUCUGCCACAGUUUUCAGUAACAUAGGGAAGAUUGAUAUGAUUGAUUUAAAUUCCUAGAUAUAUAGAAUCAAAUAGCAUGGAAACAAGCCUUUCAGCCCACCACAUUCUUGCCAACCACGAUGCUUAUCUGAGUUAAUCCCAUCUGUCUGCAUCUCCCUAUCCAUGAACCUGUCCAAAUGGCUUUUAAAAUCUGUCAUUUCAUUUGCUUCCACAAACUUGAGUGGUAGUUACUGUAUAUAGGGGAGAAAGAACAUGUCUAUCUACUCUCUCUAUGCCAUAUAAUUUUAUAAAUCUGUGAAGGUCACCCCACAGUCUGCUACACAGUCCCAGCCUAUUUGUCCAAUGAAAGCAGGCUUCAGUCAUUUUAUUUGUUUGAUGGCGUGCAGUGAAUAAAAAAAGCGUUGAUGAGUUUGAUUUUAAUUGUAGAUGAAAACAAAGACAGCUUCUUGCCGGUAUUGCAAUAACAUACUGACUGUCUAUUCCAGCUUAAAGCUGCCUGAAAAAGGCUCUUGGCCUGAAACGUUGACUGUCCAUUCAUUUCCAUAGAUGGCCUACGGAGUUCCUCCAGCGUUUUGUGUGUUGCUUUGUGACGUAGCAUUCAUGAGUUGACGAACCAUUCAGAAAUCUGAUGGUGGAGGGCAGGAAGCUGCUCCGAAAACAUUGAGUGUGCACCUUCAGGCUCCGGUACCCUUUCUCUGUUGUUAGUGAUGAGAAGGGGGCAAGUCCCGGUUGGUGAGAGUCCUUAAUGAUGGAUGUCAUCUUCGUGAGGCACCACCUUUUGAAGAUGUCCUCGAUGGUGGGGAAGCUUGUGCUGACGGUGUCUCUUUGACUUGCGUAUUGAUGCCUCUGUACCAGGUGCUGUCAGCAUAGUCUCUGUGGUACAACUACAGAAAUUUGCUGGUUAUUUGGUGACAUUCCAAAUCUCAAGCUCCAAAUAAAGUAUUGUAGUUGGUAUGGCUUCUUCAUAACUGCAUCAAUGUCCAGGAAAGAUCACCAGAGAUGUUGACACCCAGGAAUCUGAAGCUUGUUACCCUUUCUACUGCUGACCCCUCGAUGAGCAGUGAUGUUCUUUCUUGAUUUCCUCUUUCUGAAAUCCGCAGUCAGUUCCUUGGUCCUGCAGACACUUGACUGCAAGGUUGUUAUUGCAUCACCACUCUACUAGCCAAUCCAUCUUACUCCUGUACACCUUCUCUUUGCCAUUUGAGAUUCUGCCAACAACAGAGGUUGCUGCAAAUGUUUCGAUGGCCUUGAGGCUGUCCCUAGUCACACAGUCACGAGUGAAGAGAGAGUAGAGCAACGGGCUAAGCACGUAUCCUUGAGGUUGGCCCGUGUUCAUUGUCAGCAAGGAGAUGUUCUUACCAAUCUGCACCUACUGUGGUUACCUGAUGAGGAAGUCACAGACCCAGUUGCAGAGGGAGGUACAGAGGCCCAGGUUUUGAAGCUUGUUGAUUAGUACUGUGGUAAUGAUACUGUUAAACACUGGGCUGUAAUCAAUAAACAGCAAGCUGAUGUAGUUGUUGCUGUUGUCCAGAUGGUCCAAGGCCGAAUGGAGAGCCAGUGAGAUUCCAUCUGCCGUGGACUUCUUGUGGCUGUAUGCAACUUACGGCAGGUCCAGGUCCUUACUAUGGCAGGAGUUAAUUCUAGUCAUGACCAACCUCUCAAAGCACUUCAUCACGGUCAGAAUCAGGGUUAUUAUCACCGGCAUGUGACGUGAAAUUUGUUAACUUAGCAGCAAUUCAAUAUAGAAUUUAAAAAAUAAUAAGUAAGUAAAUCAAUUACAGUAUACAUAUAUUGAAUAGGUUGAAAUAGUGCAAAAAACAAAUAAUAUAUAUUUAAAAAGUGAGGUAGUGUCAAAGGGUUCAAUGUGCAUUUAGGAAUCGGAUUGCAGAAGCUGGUCCUGAAUCGCUAAGUGUGUGCCUUCAGGCUUCUGUACCCCCUACCUGACAGUAACACUGAGAAGAAAGCAUGCUAGUUCCCAGGAACUUAAAACUGCUCACUCUCUCCACUUCUGAUCCCUCUGUGGAUUGGUAUGUGUUCCUUCGUCUUACCCUUCCUGAAGUCCACAAUCAACUCCUUCAUCUCACUGACGUCGAGUGCCAGGUUGUUGCUGCGACACCACUCCACUAGUUGGCAUAUCUCACUCCUGUACGCCCUCUCUUCACCACCUGAGAUUCUACCAACAAUGGUUGUAUCAUCAGCAGACUUAUAGAUGGCAUUUGGGCUAUGCCUAGCCACACAGUCAUGUGUAUGCAGAAAGUAGAGCAGUGGCUAAGCAUACACCCCUGAGGUGCGCCAGUAUUCAUCGUCAGCAAGAGGGAUGUGUUAUCACCGAUCCGCACGGAUAGUGAUCUUCUGGUUGGGAAGUUGAGGAUCCAAUUGCAAAGGGAGGUACAGAGGCCCAGGUUCUGCGACUUCUCAAUCAGGAUUGUGGGAAUGAUGGUAUUAAAUGCUGAGCUAUAGUCGAUGAACGGCAUCCUGACAUAGGUGUUUGUGUUGUCCAGGUGGUCUAAAGCAGUGUGGAGAGCCAUUGAGAUUGUGUCUACUAUUGAUAUUGUGGCAAUAGGCAAAUUGCAAUGGGUCCAGGUCCUUGCUGAGGCAGGAGUUCAGUCUCGUCAUGACCAACCUCU